CUCCGUGCCCGCGCCGUGGCGGCGGACAUGGUGUUGUUGGGAAAACUCGUGCAGCCGGGUUGCAGCCUGAGCAAAGCACCGGGUGCCUGCAGACACUUCUGGGGAUGGCUGAAUGCCGUGUUCAACAAAGUGGACUACGAACGUAUACAGGCCGUUGGCCCUGACAGGGCAGCUUCAGAGUGGCUGCUGCGAUGUGGUGCCUUGGUGCGCUAUCAGGGCUACCAGAAAUGGCAGCAGGACUACAACGGCCUCCCCACAGGGCCCUUGGGCAAAUACAAGAUCGAAGCAAUUAAUGCCACAGACUCUUGCAUCAUGUACAGAGGAUUUGACUACCUGGAUGGUCUCCAGCAUGUUACAGAAAUCAAGCUGCAGAAAUGUAUUUACAUCCAAGACGAGUGCCUGCAGAAGCUCAGUGAGACAAAGAACCUCCAGAAGAGUCUCCUUCAGCUGUGGAUUAUUUCCUGUGGGAACGUCACAGAUAAAGGCAUCAUUGCGCUUCACAAGCUGACGAACCUUGAAUAUUUGUAUCUGAGUGACCUUCCUGGAAUAAGAGAGAAGGAAACCACCAUCGGCAUCCUUCAGCAGGCACUGCCAAACCUGGAGUUGGAGCUGGAUUUGGAAUAA